AUGCUCGAAUGGGCGGAAUUUCCCGCCGCGCCUCUAGCAGCUGUGGCUGCCGCCGCAAUCGGCGGGGCGGCGACCAUCGCGAUGGCGGGUGGAUUCGGCGGGAAUCGAGAGGCGGCGAGGGCGGCAGUCCGACGUGGCAUGGAGCUAUUCGUGGAGAACGACGUGCAGGGCUCGGUUGUGGAGUUUGACCGAGCGCUACAGCUGGACCCCUCCCAGGAGCCUUACCUAUGGCAGCGGGGCCUUUCACUCUAUUACCUCGGAAGGUUCCAGGAAGCAGCGGAGCAGUUUCGCAAGGACGUGGCAGUGAACCCCAACGACACAGAGGAGAUCCUUGCAGCAGCAGCUGCUGACUUCGGGCGGCCAUCUGCACUGUUCUAUGCGAACCUCUACGUUGGGUUGUUCCAUGAGAGCGAGGGCGACCAGGAUCAAAGCAGGCGUUAUAUUCUCGAGGCUGCACAAUCCCCCUAUGGACUCAGGUCGGGGGAUUACAUGGCAGCACUGGCCAGGGUGCACUGUCUGCAACGAGGCUGGCUGUGA